AAUACUGUUUGUCAGAUCGAUUUGAAUAUAAUGCAUAUGGGCAGACGCUGGUAGAGGCAGAAUAACAAGGAGAGAAGACUAGCUCGAAUCGACUGUAAAUGCUUGGCAAGCAUAUAUGUAUAUAUAUAAAUAUAUACUUAAUCAGAUCGCAGACGCCUUCCUCAAAUCCAGUAUACUGCCCUUCACAGUACAAGGUUUAUAAAUGUCGUUAUUAUACAGAACACGGAAACUGUAUCAAUUUCUGUUUAAGAGAUACCCUUUAAAUGCAUGUUGACAACUCAGUUUCAGCUACUGAGUUGGGCAAUUCUGGCAUGAAAAUCCGUAGAGCAAAUGUCAGUCCAAGAGCUUUUUGCGGCAUGCACAAGAUUGGGUGCGGGGCCAGGUCAAAGUUGGCCAAAGUUGUGCGUCAACAUUUUGUAGCAAUUCGUAAUUGUGUUCAUUUUGCUUUUUGUGUUGUUGCUUUCCAAUUGAAUUGAUAUCGCAAAUUGUAAGGAUGAGUACAUUAAUCUUCCGCCCGAUAACCUAUUCGGAGUUCACUUUGAGGGCGCCCACGGCGCGUAGUAAUCGGAUGCGUGCCCAUCAAUUGGCCAGCGAUCUGCUCCGGCAUAACAAGCAAGUAAAAAACAAUCUGCCCGAAGUUCGACGGCCCACCUACGGCGAGUUCAAGCAUCUGGUGGGCGCUGUGCACGGUAGCAGCAGCAGCCAGGCGGCUGAGACCAGACGGGUUAGGGUCUACGAUAGUCUAAUCGAUCUGCACCGGCGGAAACUGGACCGCAGUAACUUGAAGGACAUAAAGUCGACGCUUAAUACGCGACUGGCACCAGGAACUCGCUCAAACCUGAUGGACUUUAAGCACAUGAACAGGGGCCUGGAGAUCAAGCAAGAUAUUUUGCGCGAGAAUAUGUUGCUGCUGCGUCGCAUGAACGAGAUCCAGCGAGUGCAGGGUCGCGUUGACUGCUACAACAGCAGCUUGCAAUUACCGAUCCAGAGUCACCUCCGAAUCAUGGAGAAGGCCGCGGUGAUUAGCCGGGAGAAUCAUCGGCUAGGCUGCCGGCUGUUGCGCGCCAAAUCCAAGGUGGACUCGCACAAUCCCUGGCAUAGAUCACUGUCCGUCACUAUGUCCGAUCCCACCGAUGAUCUGGUACGCAAGUAUAGCGCAUAUAUGCCCCCGCCACUGCCCCAACGGCCCGUGCACUCGCCGAAGGAGCUGCUGCGUCCGAUCAUUUACUUUGAUCUGGCCCUGCGUCGGGGCCAGCAUCUGGGCCGCAUCUGCAUUCAGCUCUACACAGAGGUCAGUCCGGAGGUGGUGCUGGAAUUUGUACGCCUGGCCAUCGACAACAAUGUCGAGGCGCACAAAUUCCCGCGCAUCUUUCCUGAUCUGUGGAUGGAGGGCGAGCUGUUGCCGCAAUCACGCGACGCCCUCAAGGAUCAUCACGAUCAUCCAUCACCGCUGGAUGCCAGGCAGCUGAAGGGCAUUCUAUCGUACUCCUGGAACCAUCGCCAGCGUUUCCCCCACGGCCUACUGCUCUACACGAUUAGCUUUAAGACGUUGGCGGUGACGCCGCUCGAGCGGGUUAUUUUCGGUCGGGUGCUAAGGGGCUUGCGCCUGCUGGAGGUCUGCCGGGAGUUUGGCACCAAAGCCGGCAAGCCCAGGAAGUGCAUUGAGGUAGUCAAAUGUGGACUGCUUUAGCAAUCAUGGUGGCAGCGUCAGCGGCAGCGGCGUCUCCUGUGGCCCCGAAAAGUGUCCACUGAGAUUUCAAAAUCUGUAGCAUACUUUUCUGCGCCACUGCGCACACAUUUCCGACAAACUCCCACCAUAAAAAUUAUAAAGUAUG